AUGUUAGAGGAGCAUGAAGAAGAAAUAUUAACAGAGAUGUUAGAGAAAGAUAAAAACUCAACAAUGGAAGCAGAGACAGAAAUAAUUAUUGAAAACACACCUGAAAAUGAGGCACCAAGAAGAGACCCAGCUGAGAUCGAAAUGGUGAACACAGCUUCAAACUCGCUGGUGCAACAAGAAGGUUUAAAGGACGAAGACUUCACAUUGGUCAUGAGAAAGAAAAAAAAAAAUGGAGAUAAAAAGACAAAGGUUACUCUUAGUGAUAAUAGAACUAAAAUAAAAACCCCAGAGACCUCAGAACAAGAUAAUCCACUGGCCACAUUGCAAUAUAUUAGAGACUUUUAUGAAAAUCUCUACAAACCUGAGGCAUCACUCACGAAACAACAAAAUCAAGCCCUUGUAAAAGUGAUUACUCAAGAGGAAACCUCCACAAUUAUUACGCAAUUACCGAAUAACAAAGCCCCAGAUACCGACAGAUUAACUUAUGAAUUCUAUAAAUCUAUGGAAGAAGAAGUCACACCUGUUCUUGAAAAAGUUUUCAAUUGA